UCUCCGCCUGGCCUCAGCCGCGCCGGGUAUAAAUUGCCGGCGCCUCUCCCCCAACUUCUCCUCACCUCCAUCCAUCCAGAGGGCACCUAAAAAAAAACAUCGAGAGAAACUAACAGGAGGUCAUCAGAAGGAGGGAGUAAUGGCCAAGGUCCACCCCAACGCCGUGGCUCCACCACCACCAGAGCCCCGGGCGGCGGCGGAGCAAGAGCCGCCCACGGUGCUCACGGUGUGGCGCAAGUCGCUGCUCUUCAACUGCGACGGCUUCACCGUCUACGACGCCCGCGGCGACCUCGCCUUCCGCGUCGACUGCUACGCCUCCCGCUCCCGCACGCGCCGCGACGUCGUGCUCAUGGACGCCGGCGGGAAGCCGCUCCUCACGGUCCGACGCAAGACGCGCCUCGCCGGCCUGGCCGACCGCUGCUGGGUCAUCUACGACGGCGACGCCGACGCCGACAAGAGUGCCGCCGCCACGCCCACGCCGCUGCUCUCCGUCCGCCGCCACGCCACCAGCGGCGGCUGCAAGACGCUCGCCCGCGUCGACGCCGCGCGCCUCGCCCUACCGCUACCGGCCGCCGCGGCACCGUCGUACGUGGUGGAGGGCUCCUACGGGCAGCGCGCCUGCGCGGUGCGCGACGCCGCGCGCGGGGGCGCCGUCGUGGCCGAGGUGCAGAGGAAGGAGGCCGUGGGCGACGACGUCUUCCGCCUCGUCGUGCCGGGGCCACGCCUCGCCGCGCCGCUGGCCAUGGCGCUCGUCAUCGCCCUCGACGACAUGUUCCGCGGCGGAUCCGGCGCCGGCGGCUGGUCGGCGCGGUCGCUGCUGGGCAGGACCUUGUCGGCGUAGUACUUUCACUAGUACUGCUAGUAUUUCGUUACAAGUAUUGUAUGGGUACUGUUACAGCGACCCCGGGCCCAGUUGUCAGCGUCAGCAGAGUUUAGAAUUGCAGGGCUGACCCAAGUAUAUAAUAUGCGUACCGUAGGUAUCAGAUUUUUCAAUAAAAAAAUGUGCAAAAGAGUUACUAGUUCUCUCCCAAAUUAAUAGUCAUAUUAAAAAAAUUUAUAUAUUUGCGAGAUCGACGCAAUUGAUGGAAUAACCAGGGAAAGAUGAAGAGGUUAAUGAAUGUAAAUUUUGAUGCUCCCAAACUGUAAAGUUAUGAGCACAGUGGUGCAUACAGAUGGAGACGACAUAAUUAAGAGGGUGGAAGAAUGAAUAACCGAUUCGGUGACACAA